UGCAAUUCUUAUAAUAUGGUUACCAUAUACAGUUAAACAUGUUAUUCGAUACAAAAUACAAUAUACUUUAAUAUAUUAAAUCUUUUAGUAUAUAAUAAUCAACAUUUAGUAUUACUCGGUUCAACUUUCUCCCCAUCAAUUCCCUUGGUAACCAGUGCGUGUCUCAGUGUGUAUAUAUAUAUAUAUAUCUGCUGCUCAGCAUAUAAAGAAGCAAUCUUUCGAAUAAUUAGCAGAAAACAUUUUCGAAUUUCUUGAAAUCAUCAAAAAGUCCGAGAGGAGAUGGAGUGGUUAAGUUUGGAAGGGUACUGGGCUUUGAUGGCGAUUUCAGUGUGUGUAGUGUGUGUGUGGGUGACGAAGAAGAGAGAGGAAAAGGGUGUUUUAGAGAGUGAUGGAGAGCGCUUCGUGGUUCCAAGAGGGAGCUGGGGUUGGCCAUUGAUAGGGGAAACGUUUGAGUUUAUUGCAUCUGGUUACACCUCCACGCCCGUCAGCUUCAUGGAAAAGCGCAAAUCUCUGUAUGGAGGUGUUUUUAGAACACACAUUCUGGGGAAGGCCAUCGUCGUGUCCACUGAUCCCGAUGUGAGCAAAGUGAUCUUACAAAACCACGGGAAUGCCUUCGUACCUUGCUAUCCUAAAUCCAUUACUGAACUACUAGGAAAAUCCUCGAUUCUCCAAAUCAAUGGUGCUUUGCACAAGAGGCUGCACGCUCUGAUUGGAGUUUUCCUGAAAUCAACCCAACUCAAAAACAGGAUCACUAGAGAUGUCGAGAAAAUUGUUCGCCUCUCCCUCUCGUCUUGGAUGGACAAAAGUUGCCAAGUGUAUGUGCAAGAUGAAACCAAAAAGAUUACAUUUCAAAUUCUUGUCAGAGUGCUAAUGAGCAUUGGUCCAGGUGAUGAGAUGGAGUGUCUAAAGAGAGAAUUUGAAGAAUUUAUCAAAGGCCUCAUUUGCUUACCCGUUAAUCUCCCCGGGACGAGACUCUAUAAGUCUUUGAAGGCAAAGGAGAGACUGUUGAAAGUGGUAGACAAAAUUGUAGAGGCACGAAAAACGGCUAUGGAGGAAAAUGAAGAGAAAGUGCCGCCAAAUGAUGCAAUUGACGUGCUACUACGCGACAGUGGGGAGUCAGACGGGAUCCCUCUUGAUUUUAUCAGUGGGAAUAUUAUAGAAAUGAUGAUUCCAGGAGAAGAGACGGUGCCAACAGCUAUGACCCUAGCAGUUAAAUUCCUCGUUGACAACCCUGUCGCCUUAGCGCAUAUGGUGGAGGAAAACAUGGAACUUAAAAAGCGAAAAAUUAAUUCAAGUGAAGACUACUCUUGGACUGAUUAUAUGUCAUUGCCGUUCACUCAAAAUGUUAUCAAUGAAACAUUGAGGCUGGCAAAUAUAAUCAAUGCAGUGUGGAGAAAAGCUCUCAAGGAUGUCAAAAUAAAAGGUUACUUAAUACCAAAAGGAUGGUGCGUUUUGGCAUCCUUCAGCUCCAUUCACAUGGAUGAGACGAAUUACGAGAACCCUUACAAAUUCGAUCCGUGGAGAUGGAAGAAAAUAGGAAGUGCUGCAAACAACAACAUCUUUACACCAUUUGGUGGGGGGCAGCGGCUAUGUCCCGGUCUGGAACUUUCUCGCCUUGAAGUCUCGAUUUUCCUCCAUCAUCUCGUCACAACUUACCGAUUGUCUGCUGAGAGGGACGAGAUAAUCUACUUUCCAACGGUGAAGAUGAAGAGGAAGCUUCCCAUCACGGUCACGCCCCUUGACCAAUGAAUUCCCCACCCAACAAAAGAGAUAUUGAAUUGGAUAAGAACAUUUGGAGUUGAUUGUUAACCACACCAACUAGAGAGAGAGGUAGAAGGUGGUCCAGUCCCAUGCUGUACGUUUUUAUCGUUACUCCAUCAAUAAUUGCGUGCUGAAUUUCUCGUUGAAUUGGACACGGUAUCUUUAAUUUGAUUUUUUGUUUGUUUUAUCAUCCCAUUGUUUAAAUCAGGAUUGAUUAGCAACUUCUUUUUUGGUCUUUAAAGAAAUUAUCUCUUAUGUAUAUAUACCAAAAUUACGAAAUAAAAAUUCCUUUAGCAAA